UAUAUUCACUUUAUUCUUGUUUAAAUCACAGUACUGCAAUAAAUUCAACAUGGAACCAAAUUUAAAUCUAAGUAUGUGUGAUUAUGUUAUAUUUCAAGUUGUGACAUUUCAGUAAAAUGUUGUUUAUAUUCAACAAAAUUAACUUCAUAGUCUUAUAGAUAAUAUUAAGCAUACAAGAACUUGCUGGAUUAUUUUUUUAAUGGCUUUUAGAGUGCCCUACAUAGAUAUUCGUAAUAUUUUACAAUUUUAUAUUUAGUUUUCAUACUUACAGUAUAACUUUUUUAUAAUUACAUAUUUUAAAUUUUAGUUUGGAGCCUACUUGAGCAAAAGUUAUUGUAGUUAUUGUAUUUAAAUCAAUCUAAAAGAAUGUUGAUUAACCUAUUAAAUUAUUCUAGGAGUUCACAACACAAAAGGAGUUUGAACAGAACACGUUGGAAACCACUGCUCUAAAUUAGAGUUGUUGUUAUUCCUCUUCUCUUUCUCCAUUUUUUAAAAAAGUUUUUUGGCAUAAGCCUGUGUUUUCAUCAAGUGGGGAACUCCGAGAGUGGUUAUUCCCUUCAUCAGUACAGAAAAGUAACCUCUGUCACUAAAAGACUUGCCCAUAAUCAUACUGCUAAUAAACGUGUCAGAAGCAGGAUCUGAACUCGGGUUUUCCAGUUUCUAAGCUCGGUCCUUUAGUCACCAUUGCCUCUCCCUGUCUCCAUCCUGUUUUGGACCAGACGGAGCCAAGGUGGUCAGGGAAACACCGCAACCCGUCUCACGAGCAGGAAAGAAUUCAUAGGUAGGCCAACACGUUCACCGGAAACCGGAAAAAGAGUACCCCAAAGCGCGCGACGCCCAGCAGAGUCUCACAUCCCGCGAGAAGCUCGUGACAGCUGAGGGGCCGGGGCCGCUUUUCGCUCCGUCCUGGUUACCGUAACUACAAAACAUCCCCUCCAAAACACCCUCUGGCAAACGCUGAUGGGGGCGGGGCUUUAUUUCGGUUCACCCGGGCACACCCCCCACUAGGAAGGGUAGCUCGGUGUCGCGAGAACAGAGUUUCCCCCGCCCACUCCACUCUCGAAAGCGAGGCUACGGUGGCGCGGCGGCGGCGGCGUCCGCACUGGCGGGUUUGUUUGAAUUUUUCUCCCGCCAGCCGGAGUCCGGGCGUUGGGCGAGACGAGGCGAGGCCAAGUGGAGAACCGCGGAGGCAGCGGCCGGGGCGGCCCGAGAGGAAAAGAGUCACAAAAUAAAUAACAUAUGAAAAAUAUUUCAUCAUGGAAAAACGCAAGACAUUUUUACAAGCUGUGUCUAAGGAAUUUGUUGAAGACUUUUUGCAAUUUGUUCAACUUGAUAAAGAUGUCUUUGACCCUUUCAACUUAAAUGAGUUAUUAGAGGAGUUACCAAGGAAACAGAAGGAAGAAUUAUGGGAAAGGCUGAAGAACUUAUUAACAGAUGUGCUGCUAGAGACCCCCGUGGAUGAGUGGCAAAGGCAUGAAAUGGAAUGUGAAGACCAUAUGGAAAUAGAAAAUGGCCCAAACAUGAAACAAACCUUUAAAAUCAUCUAUGCAAUUACGUAUGUGAUUAUUAUUUCAUUAUCUGUAGUAAAUGAAAAUGAAAACUACAAAGCUCUUCUAGAGUGUGCAAUCAUAUUAAAUGGUAUUAUACGUGCCCUGCCUGAAUCUGAAAGAAAUCUACAGAAUUCCAUACAUCAGCUGUGUGUGACUUGGUGGGAAAAAGGCCUAGAAGCCAAAGAAGAAAUGGGGAAAACUGCUUUUAUAAUGCUGUUAAAAAAGAGUCUUAAUACUAAAACAGGUGCAGACAUUUCUCGACUUUGGAAUAUUCAUCAGGCCUUACUUUGCUUUGAUUAUGAUUUGGAGGAAAGUAAUGAAAUUAAAGAUAUGUUGCUACAAUGCUUCAUGAAUAUUAAUUGUAUCAAGACAGAAAAGGGAAGAAGAUUUCUCAGCUUUCUAUUCAGCUGGAAUGUAAACUUCAUUAAAAUGAUCCAUGUGAUCAUUAAAAAACAAUUGCAAGAUUUACAAAAAUCUCUGAUGGUUUAUGUUGCUGAAAUUUAUUUCAGAGCUUGGAAGAAGGCUUCAGGGAAAAUGUUGGAGGUAAUUGAAGAUGGUUGUAUUCAGGAUUUCAUGCAUCAUGGAAUUCAUCUUCCGAGGAGUUCUCCAGUGCAUUCCAAAGUACGAGAGGUGCUAAGUUAUUUUCACCAUCAAAAAAAAUUUCGUCAAGGAGUAGAAGAAAUGUUAUAUAGAUUGUAUAAACCUAUUCUUUGGAGAGGAUUAAAGGCCAGAAAUCCUGAAGUCCGAUCAAAUGCGGCAUUGUUAUUUGUUGAAGCAUUUCCCAUUAGAGAUCCUAACCUUAAUAACAUAGACAUGGAUAAUGAAAUUCAGAAGCAGUUUGAAGAACUCUAUAAUCUUUUAGAAGACCCAUAUCCAUUGGUCCGGUCAACAGGAAUUCUUGGUGUUUGUAAAAUAACUUCAAAAUACUGGGAAAUGAUGCCUCCAGUCAUACUUACUGACCUUCUAAAGAAAGUAAUUGGAGACCUAGCUUUUGAUACAAGCUCAGCUGAUGUUCGCUGCUCUGUUUUUAAGUGUUUGCCGAUAAUUUUGGACAACAGACUAAGCCACCCAUUACUAGAGCAGCUUCUGCCAACUCUAAAAUACAGUCUCCAUGACAAUUCUGAAAAAGUGAGAGUAGCUUUUGUUGAUCUGCUGCUGAAAAUUAAAGCUGUCAGAGCCGCAAAGUUUUGGAAAAUUUGCAGUAUGGAUCAUCUUUUGACCCGUCUGGAAAUUGAUUCACGCCCUGUGUCUCAGCGCCUAGUGCACCUUCUUUUUAAUUCUUUCUUGCCUGUUAAUCAACCAGAGGAUGUAUGGUGUGAACGCUGUGUCACAUUGAUACAGAUGAAUCCUGCUGCAGCCAGAAAGUUUUAUAAGUAUGCUCAUGAACACACUGCUGCCACUAACAUAGCGAAGUUAAUUCAUGUUGUUCGUCACUGCUUAAGUGCCUGUAUCCAGAAGGCAAUAAGAGAGUAUCAGGAAGAGGAUGAAGAAGUGGAAAAAGAGAACAUAACUGUGCUGGAGAAUACAUUGUCAAUGAAUGACAUACCUUCUAUGGCAGGUUUAUUGGAAGUCAUUGUAAUUUUAUGGAAAAGCAUUUGUAAAACUUUGGAACAUAAUAAAGAAGCAAAAGCUUACACCAUUAGCAAGUUUGCUUCUGUGCUUCCAGAGUACCUUAAGCACUUUACAGAUGAUCGUUGCAAGAUUCCAUUAUUUAUGUUACUGUCUUUUAUGCCAGCAUCUGCAGUACCCCCAUUCAGCUGUGGUGUGAUCUCUACAUUGAGGAAUCAAGAAGAGGAAUCUACAGAAAACAAGUCACUCCUAAUAGAUUGUCUUUGUUCAUGGGGACAAGUGGGACAUAUCUUUGAGCUUAUUUGUGAUUGGUUGCCAGAUGGAGAAUCCAAAAAGAAAAAUAAGGCAGCUUCUAAACGUCAAGUACGAAUUCAGGAUUCACCGGCAAAGCCUGAAUUGGCAUUGGAUUACCUAGAGUACUUAUUGCUUCACAAUAAGAAUCGAGAUUUCCUGUUAUCUCUCCCUGAAAAGAGACUAAAUAGUCUUUUGAAAGCCCUUGAAACUUCAAAGAAAGAUAUUCUAUCAGUUAUACAGUCAUCUGAUGCAAAGUUACCGAGCUUCAAUCAAGCAACUGCUAUACGAGCCUUUACUAUGUAUUGUCGAUUAUGUAUUCAUCUCUACCACAAGUUUUGCUCAGAAGAAAAGUUUUAUUUGUCUCUUUUGGAAGAAACUGGAUUUUGGAUAGAAAACCAAGUUCUACCUAUUAUUCAUCAACAAGAAGAGGAACACUUGAAGUCUUGCAGAGAGAUUUACCAGAAAACAAUUCAGGCCUAUGUUACAGUGUGUAAAGAUGCUGUAAUGAUUGGCUUUGGAGAUUCCAAGUUUCAUAUGCAGUUUUUAAAAAUAACUCUUGGAAUUAUGCAAACAGAGAAAGGGCAUUUUUGCAUUCCGUUACUCCUUUGUAUUCUCAAAGAGAUGACAGCAAGUUCUUUAAUUCAGAAAUCUAAUUCAAAUGAAGAAGUUGAAACAUUUUUUGAUUUGAUUCAGAAAGUGUUCCAGAAAAUGUUGGAAUGUGUUGCAUACAAUUUCAAAAAACAAGAAGAAGAAGGCCUUCAGUUACUCUAUUCUAUUCAAGUGCCUCUUGAUGAAUUUGUAAGUGCUGUCCAGUCUUGGCAUGUGAAUACAUCAGUACACCAAGGAAUGCUUUCUACUCUCUUAGCUGCAGUAGUGGUUGAAAUAAGUCACAAAUUACGAAAGAUUUCAGAUACAGAAGAAUUUGCAGUACCCAAAUGUCUUUCUGAUCUUCCACCAUUCUCAAGGUGUUUAAUGGGAAUCAUAAUGAAGUCUGUAAAUGUAGUUAGAUCAUUCUUAGAAGAAUUGACAGUUUGCGUAGCAUCUCAAGAAAUUGAAGGCAUUGUUUGCCUCACAGCUGUUGUAUGUAUGAUUGUCAUUAUCAGUAAAGGUAAACAUAAAGAUCCGAAAGUUAAGGAUGCUGCUGCCACUAUUCAACGAAUACUGAACAGAUACAUGGAAAUUACCUUGGAAGAAGAUAGCAUUGAAAGAUCUCUUUAUGAAUCUUCUGUUAGAACUUUGGAUGAACUUCUGAGGUUAUAACCGAGGAAUCAUCUUCCUUCCAGUGUGUAAAAAGGAAGAAAAAGUAUUGAUUUCAGAAAAUAUUUUAAACAUAUAAUGUAUAUAUUGUAUUUAUACUUUCAGAAUCUGUAUCACAUGGGGAGGUUAUUAGAUGGAAAAUUCAUGUUUUACCUUGCAAUUGCUAUUAAAAUAUCUUUAGUAAAUCUG